UCCAUGUGGAUAAAGUCAACAAAUUUUGGAAUUUGUUAGGCACGCGCUAGAAAAAAUCUAUAAGAAGUUCAAAUCCAAAACGCGCAAAAGCCUACAAAUUGAAUUAUGUCCGGUAUCGUUUCCAACCCGGAUGGCACGUACACCCGUCGCAUACAAUUCCCAACCGUACCCGCCGAGCCCAACCCGAAUUCUCCAACGACUCGGGUCCUCUCCAAAGACGUCCCUGUAAACCCGGAAACCCGAACCACGGCCCGACUAUUCCUCCCCCGCGAAGCCCUCGAUUUACCCACCUCUAAACUCCCUCUCGUUUUUUACUACCACGGCGGCGCGUUCAUUUACCUCAGCGCCGCGUCAUCCAGCAUCCACGACUUUUGUUCCGACAUGGCUCUCCAGCUCCGAGCUCUUGUCGUCUCCCUGGAGUACCGCCUAGCACCCGAGCACCGCCUCCCGGCAGCAUACGACGAUGCUGUGCAUGCGUUGCACUGGAUUGCCUCCACCAGAGAAGAGUGGGUCACUGAAUUUACAGAUCUGUCCAGUUGCUUUUUAAUGGGAACUAGCGCUGGGGGGAACCUGGCUUACCACGCGGGGCUGCGCGCGUGUGAAGAUAUUGGCGAUCGUCUCCAGCCUCUGCGAAUCAAGGGGCUGAUAUUGCACCAUCCGUUCUUUGGUGGGUCCGACAGAACAGGGUCAGAGCUGGCAAUAGCAGAUGACCCAAUUUUGUCGCUACCCGGGUGCGGGAGGUGGAGUUUGGCGUUGCCCGUCGGCACAGACCGUGACCAUGUGUACUGCAAUCCAACGGUGGGAAAAGAAUCUGAAGAUCGUUACGUUGGAAUUCGGGAGAUGGGUUGGCGGGUCUUGGUUACGGGUUGUUUCGGAGACCCUUUGAUUGACCGUCAGAUGCAGUUGGCGAAGAUGCUGGAGAAAGAGGGCGUACGUAUAACGACCCACUUUGGCGAUGGUUUCCAUAGUAUGGAGGUAAUCGACCCGUCUAAAGCCCAAGACUUUUUUGUUGUCUUGAAAAACUUCGUGUAUACUACUUAGGGCCAAUUUGGAAUUAUUGUGAUUUUUUUUUAAAAUUGUUUCUGAUGUAUUUUAUUUUAAGAAUAAUCAGCUGUAAAAUAAAACAGUUGAGUGUGAUAAAUUGUAUUUUAAAAGUAUUGUGGGUAUGAAAAGCAGUUCAAAAGUGUUUGGUAAA